AUGGGCAGCCGGGCGCUCGCAGGUGCCAUGCUGUGCGGGCUGCUGGCACCCGCUCUCCUCCUCGCAGGAUCUAGUUCAGGGUCAAAAUUAAAAGGUCCUGAACUGAGUAUAAAAGGUGCACAGCACGUCAUUCAAGCAGGCCAGACCUUAAAUCUCACAUGCAGGGGGGAAAUGGUUCAUUCAUGGUCUCUGCCUGAAGCUCCAAGUAAGGAGAGCAAAAGGCUGAAAAUAAUUAAAGUUGCCUGUGGAAGGAAUGGCAAACAGUUCUGUAGUAGCCUGACCUUGAGCAGAGCUCAAGCAAAUGACACUGGAUACUAUAGCUGCAAAUAUGCAUCAUCAAGUGCUGUAAGAAAGAAGACAGAAUCUACAGUCUAUAUAUUUAUUAACGAUACAGGCAGUCCAUUUGUAGAGCUGCACAGCGACAUACCUAAAAUUAUACACAUGACUGAUGGAGGAGAGAUGAUCAUUCCAUGCAGAGUCACGGCACCAGACGUUGCUGUUACUUUAAAAAAGAUUCCACUAGAAACUCUGAUUCCUGAUGGGAAGACAAUAAUUUGGGAUAGCACGAAAGGCUUUAUAAUACCAAAGGCAACAUACAGAUUCAUAGGUCUCAUGAGCUGCGAGACAACCGUUGACGGGCAUAAGUAUAGUACGAAAUACCUAACGCACCGACAAACCAACACAAUAUUUGAUGUCCAACUAAACACCCCAAACCUAAUCAAAUUGCUGAAAGGAGACACCCUGGCCGUUAACUGUACAGUUGCUGCAGCCUGGAACACAAGAGUUCAGAUGACAUGGAGUUACCCUGGUGAGGCAAACCGCAGAGCAUCUAUAACCAAUCGCAUUGGCCAAAGGAAUACAGAUGCCAAUAUUUUCUACAGUAUUCUUGUUGUUGACAAAGUGCGUGAUAUUGAUAAAGGCCAGUAUACCUGCCAUGUGAAGAGUGGACCAUCGGUCAAAUCUGUUAACACAACAGUCCACGUUUAUGAUAAAACAUUUAUUACUUUGAAACACCGAAGGAAAAGUGUGCUUGAGGCUGUAGCUGGCAGAAAAUCCUAUCGGCUGUCAAUGAAAGUGAAAGCAUUUCCCUCACCAGAGGUUGUAUGGUUAAAAGAUGGGUUACCCGCUGCUGAAAAGUGUGCCCGCUAUGUGGUUAAAGACUAUUCAUUAAUCAUCAGAGAUGUUGCUGAAGAGGAUGCAGGGAAUUAUACUAUAACACUGAGUAUACGACAGUGGAACUUGUAUAAGAACCUAACAGUCACACUCAUUGUAAAUGUGAAACCCCAGAUUUAUGAAAAAGCAGUGUCGUCAUUUCCUGAUCCCAAUCUCUACCUACUGGGCAGCAAGCAAGUGCUGACUUGCACUGUUUAUGGUAUUCCUCAGCCUACAAUUACAUGGAUAUGGCAUCCUUGUAGACAAAAUCAUUCCAAAGCAAGGUAUGAAGUUUGCUCUAACACCGAGGGACCUUUCAUCUUGAAAAGUGGCAGCAGCAGAGGAAACAGAAUCCAGAGCAUCACUCAACACAUGGCAAUGAUAGAGGGGAAGAAUAAGACUGCUAGCAUUCUGGCUGUAGCCGAAGCGAAAUCUUCCGGAAUCUACAGCUGCGUGGCUUCCAAUAAAGUAGGAAAUGUUGAAAGAAACAUUAGCUUUUAUGUAACAGAUGUGCCAAAUGGAUUUCAUAUUAAUUUGGAAAAAAUGCCCAUUGAAGGAGAGAACCUGAUAUUGUCCUGUUCAGUCAACAAAUUCCUGUACAAAGACAUUGCUUGGAUUUUGCCGAGGACAGUUAAUAAUCAAACAAAAGCAAAAAAGCACAUCAUUAAGGAAUACUCCACUACCCUCAUUCUCACCAUCAAAAAUGUUUCCCUGGAACACUCAGGGACCUAUGCCUGCAGAGCAAGGAACAUAUACUCGGGGGAAGAAGUGCUUCAAAAGAAAGACGUUACAAUUAGAGCUCAGGAAGCACCAUCCCUCCUGCGCAACCUCAGUGAUCAGAUUGUGAACACCAGCAAUUCUGCUACUUUAGAAUGUCAGGCUCAAGGCAUCCCCGAGCCCCAGAUAUCCUGGUUUAAAAACCACGAAGAAAUACAGCAAGAACCAGGAAUAAUUUUAGCGCCAGGAAGCAAAAUGCUGUUUAUCGAAAGAGUCCAAGAGGAGGAUGAAGGACUUUACCGGUGUAUAGCCACCAACCUAAAAGGAUCUGUGGAGAGUGCAGCUUAUGUCACUGUACAAGGAACAUCAGAGAGAUCAAACCUGGAGCUAAUAACUCUGACAUGUACCUGUGUGGCUGCUAUGCUCUUCUGGCUCCUAUUAACGCUCUUUAUACGCAAGCUAAAAAGGCCUUAUUCUUCUGAAAUAAAGACCAAUUACCUGUCAAUCAUAAUGGAUCCUGAUGAAGUCCCCUUAGAUGAACAAUGUGAACGUCUUCCAUUUGAUGCCAGCAAGUGGGAGUUUGCAAGGGAAAGGCUGAAACUAGGAAAGUCACUUGGAUGUGGGGCGUUUGGAAAAGUGGUAGAGGCAGCUGCUUUUGGAAUUAAAAAUUCCACCACGUGCAGAAUAGUUGCUGUGAAAAUGCUGAAAGAAGGAGCCACAGCAAGUGAAUACAAAGCGCUGAUGACUGAGCUGAAAAUCCUGAUACACAUUGGGCAUCAUCUUAAUAUUGUGAACCUGCUAGGAGCUUGCACAAAAAAUGGUGGGCCUCUGAUGGUGAUUGUUGAAUACUGCAAAUAUGGAAACUUAUCAAACUACCUGAAAAGCAAAAGGAAUUUUUUCUUCCCCAACAAGGAUGCGUCAUUGCAAGUAGGACAGAUGAAAGAGAAAAAAGAUAUUGAGCUGGUGGAAGGCAAAAAACAAAGGCUGGCUAGUGUCACCAGCAGCGAGAGCUUAGCAAGCUCCGGAUUUCAGGAAGAUAAAAGUCUGAGUGAUGUGGAGGAGGAAGAGGAGGAUUCUGACGACUUUUACAAAUGGCCCCUCACUAUGGAAGAUCUUAUUUCUUACAGUUUUCAGGUGGCUAGAGGCAUGGAGUUCUUGUCAUCCAGAAAGUGUAUUCAUCGUGAUCUGGCAGCCAGAAAUGUCCUUUUAUCUGAGAACAAUGUAGUGAAGAUCUGUGAUUUUGGCCUUGCAAGAGAUAUUUAUAAGAAUCCUGAUUAUGUGAGAAAGGGAGACGCACGACUUCCCCUUAAGUGGAUGGCUCCAGAAUCCAUAUUUGAUAAGAUCUACAAUACGAAAAGUGAUGUGUGGUCUUAUGGGGUAUUGCUGUGGGAAAUAUUUUCCUUGGGUGCUUCUCCUUAUCCAGGGGUGCAAAUAGAUGAAGACUUCUGCAGCAGAUUAAAAGAAGGCACAAGGAUGCGGGCCCCAGAAUAUGCAACAUCAGAAAUGUAUCAAAUCAUGUUGGACUGUUGGCAUGGGAACCCCAAUGAACGACCAAGAUUUUCUGAACUGGUGGAAAGGUUAGGGGAUCUGCUUCAAGCAAAUGUGCAACAGGAUGGCAAAGACUAUAUCCCUUUGAAUACUAUAUUUACAGCAGAUAGCAGAUUUGCAUACUCAAGUCCCACCUCAGUCAACUCUAAUUUGAGUGAAGAUAUUUCAAUUCCAAAAUCAAACUGUGAAAACACUGAAAAUGCUGGAUACAUAAACACCUUCAAAAUGAAGCCACCCCAGAGGGUAAAUACCUUUGAAGAGCUUUCGCCCAAGGAUACCUUUGUAUUUGAUGAUUAUGAGGCAGACAGUGGGAUGGUGCUGGCUUCAGAAGAACUGAAACGCUUUACUUGGACAGAGAGCAAACAAAAGCAAAUGCUUUUUGGUCUGAAAGCUGCCAGCAGGAGCAAGGAGUCCGUUCUUUCUGAAAUGACCAGGCCGAGUUUCUGCAGUUCCAGCUGUGGCCACCUCAGUGAAGCUAGUUGGAGAUUUCCUUAUGGUAACAUAGUGCUGGAAAAAAUGAGAGUGUGCCAUUCUCCUCCUCCUGAUUACAAGUCACUGGGGUUUUAUUCCCCCCCACCUGUUUAA